AUGGGUCUCGCAGGGCCGAAGAAUCGCACGAAAAUCUCGGCGGACCCGAACAACACCCACUGGAGCAAGUCGACCGAUCGCUUCGGCCACAAGAUCCUCCUCAAGCAGGGCUGGUCCCCUGGUUCUUUCCUCGGCGCCAAAGAUGCAAAGCAUGCCGCGCACUACACGGCCGCCAACGCCUCUCACAUCAGGGUUGCCGUGAAGGACGAUACCCUCGGUCUGGGCGCGAAGCGAGGAAAGGCGGAAAACGACACCUUCGGCUUGAGCGCACUCCAGGGUCUGCUUGGCCGGCUGAACGGCAAGAGCGACGGAGAGCUUAAGAAGGAGGAGUCCGCUCACCGCGAUCUGAAGCUUCAAGUCUACACCAACCAGCGCUGGGGUGGCAUCCGCUUCGUCAGCGGCGGUCUGCUGGUGGGUGACAAGAUCGAGAACCUGGUCACCCAGGACAUUGCCGCAAAGCAGCCUGUUGCCGAGGCCGGGCAGCCCGAGACUCGGCCGGCCGAGAAGAAGCGGAAACGGCCUGAGCAUGACGAAAGCGAGUCGGUGCUGAAGGAGAAGAAGAGAAAAGAAUCGGAUUCGAGCUGCCAAGAUGACAACGAAACUCGGGCCAAGAAGAAAUCCAAGUCGAGAAAAUCUAAGAAACCCGAAGCCGAGGUACCCUCUACCAACACCGCUGACUUGACCUCUGCAUCGGCUGGUGGGAAGGAAUCCGGAGAGAAGCCAGACAAGAUGACACGGAAGGAGGCCAAGAAGGCUCGCAAGCUUGAACGACUGGCCAGGAAGGGGGCGAAGGAAUCGAAGAAGAGGAAACAGAAGAAGGAGAAGAAGGCCGAGUCAAGCAGUGACAGCUCAUCUUCGGAAGACGACACCACUACUUCGGUGACUACUUCGGCCCCAGCAUCCGGGACCAGCACACCUACCGCGGGUUUUGCUGGAGGCCGUCUUGCAGUCCGGCAGCGGUAUAUCGCCCAGAAGAAAAGGGCAUCGAUGGACCCACAGGCACUGAAGGAGAUUUUUAUGAUCAAGGCGGAGGCAUAG